AAAAGACACCCCCAUUCCCCACUGCCCCCUUGCCACUCCACUCUCCCCCUCCUCCGCCCCACUCUCCUCUUCCCUCUUCUCGGCAGCCGCUCUCCCACCCCCGGCUGCUAGGGUUAGGGUUCCGCAUUUGCCCUCUCACCCACGGCUCCCGCUCAGCCCCACGGCAUUGCGUUGCCUUGCCUUGCCUCCCCUGCAACCCAGCUCAGCCCAAUCAUCCCCGGAGGCGCCCUGCCUGCCGGUGCCGGCGCUUUGCUUCCGAGUUCUUGUCAUUUGCGCGGUUCCAAGGAGUUAAUCUGUUGUUUCUUCUAUGUGAGUGUGGGCUGCUGUCUAGUGCAGAUCAAGCUGAAAGGGACAAGUGCUAGCUGUGUCUACUAGUACCUGUGUGAUAGUAGGUACAGUCCCAAGCUCAGUCCAUCUUUCGCCCCGGGAAAUGCCUCAGGUGCUGCGUUCUUGAGGCCUGCUAUCUUCCAGCCUUUCCCGUGAAGGAGCGUCAAUACGAUGGGGUUUGUUGGCAGAUUUUUGUUUUUGCUCUUGCUGGUGGUCACCACCCCUGCCUUGGGCCAACUGCCGUCGCAAGACAUCCUCGCGCUCCUGGCCUUCAAGAAGGGAAUCACCCAUGACCCUGCUGGUUUCGUCACGGACUCCUGGAAUGACGAGUCAAUUGACUUCAAUGGCUGCCCGGCCUCCUGGAACGGCGUCGUGUGCAAUGGCGCCAGCGUGGCUGGAGUUGUGCUUGACGGGCAUCGGAUCUCAGGUGUUGCCGAUCUCUCCGUGUUUGCCAACCUGACCAUGCUUGUCAAGCUCUCCAUGGCCAAUAACAAUCUCUCCGGGAGCCUCCCUAGCAAUGUGGCUAGUCUCAAGAGCUUGAAGUUCCUGGACAUCUCCAACAACCGGUUCUCGGGUCCAAUCCCUGAUGAUAUUGGCAGUCUCCGGAGCCUGCAGAACAUGUCGCUUGCCGGGAACAACUUCUCAGGUCCAUUGCCUGACUCCAUUGACGGGCUCGCGUCGCUUCAGUCGCUGGAUGUGAGCGGCAAUGCUCUGUCUGGCUCAUUGCCGGCAGCUCUGAAAGGUCUUCGGAGCAUGGUUGCUCUGAACCUCUCAUAUAAUGCCUUCACAAAGGGCAUUCCUGCUGGGCUUGGCCUCCUUGUGAACCUCCAGUCUGUGGAUCUGUGCUGGAAUCAAUUGGAUGGUGGUGUCGAUUGGAAAUUCUUGAUUGAGUCAACUGUUACUCAUGUUGACUUCAGUGGAAACUUGCUCACCAGCACCACCCCCAAAGAACUCAAGUUUCUCGCAGAUAUUUCAGAGACAGUUGUAUAUCUGAACCUUAGCAACAACAAGUUGACCGGGUCACUGAUAGAUGGAGUUGAGCUCUCAACUUUUGGGAGAUUGAAGGUGCUUGAUCUGAGUAGUAAUGAGCUGUCUGGAGACCUCCCAGGAUUCAAUUAUGUUUAUGAUCUUGAAGUUUUGCGCCUUGCAAACAAUGGAUUCACUGGGUUUGUACCUAGUGGACUUCUAAAGGGAGAUUCUCUGGUGUUGAACCAACUGGACCUUAGUGCAAACAACCUGACAGGACAUAUCAAUAUGAUCACAUCAACUACCUUGCAGAUCCUUAAUUUGUCCUCAAAUGCUCUUUUUGGGGAUCUACCAUUGCUUGCUGGAAGCUGCACUGUGUUAGAUCUAUCAAAUAACCAGUUCCGAGGAAAUUUAUCAGUUUUUACCAAAUGGAGCAAUGACUUGGAAUAUGUUGACCUCAGCCAGAACAAUCUAACUGGGAGUAUGCCUGAUGUGAGCUCACAAUUCCUUCGCCUAAACUACCUGAACCUUUCUCAUAAUUCUCUAGCUGAUACCAUACCUGAAGCUGUUGUUUUGUAUCCCAAACUUACUGUCCUUGACCUCAGCUCCAAUCAGUUUAGUGGUCCUAUUCCUGCUAAUCUACUCUCUUCCUCCAUGCUGCAUGAGCUCUACAUCCAGGAUAACAUGCUUACUGGUGGCGUGUCGUUCCCAGGAUCCUCGUCCAAAAAUUUGAGUCUUGAAGUGCUUGAUAUUUCUGGAAACCAUUUUAGUGGCAGCCUCCCUGAUGAUGUAGUCUCCUUGUCUGGCCUCCGUGUCCUUGACAUAUCCUCAAACAAUUUCUCCGGAGCUUUACCAGCCACUGUCACUAAGCUUGCAGCACUUACCGCACUUGACAUAUCAACGAACCAGUUCACGGGACCACUGCCAGACGCACUUCCGGAUACUCUUCAGUCCCUCAAUGCCUCUUAUAAUGACCUAUCUGGUGUCGUGCCUGUGAACUUGAGAAAGUUCCCAGAAUCUUCUUUCCAUCCUGGGAACUCGAGAUUAGAGUAUCCUGCUAGCUCAUCUGGAUCCGGCAAUCCCCACUCUGGUUCAGCAGGUGGCAAAUCACUCAGCACAGGUGCUAAAAUAGGACUUGUAGCAGCUAGCAUUGUUCUUCUUGUCAUCCUUAUCCUUAUUGCUAUUGUAUGCCACUACAAGCGGAUCUCACGGCAGUUCCCUAGCUCAGAGAAGGUCUCUGACAAGAACCUCCACAGGGCUACUAAAGACAUUGAGAGCAUGAAAAGAAAGGACAACAAAGGUAGUUCGGAGGUGUCGGCGGAUGAUCUUGGCGCUCCUCGAAAGGGCUCCACAUCCGAAGCACCGAGCCAAGAAGAGAAGUUGUCAGGUGUGGGGGCAUUUUCACCAUCCAAGGGGAGCCGCUUCUCUUGGUCACCGGAUUCUGGAGAGGCGUAUGGACAGGAAGGCCUAGCACGGCUGGACGUCAGGUCACCUGACAGGUUAGCAGGGGAGCUGCACUUCCUGGAUGAAACCAUCACGCUCACACCGGAGGAGCUGUCAAGGGCGCCAGCUGAAGUGCUUGGGAGGAGCAGCCACGGAACUUCGUACAGGGCAACAUUGGAGAAUGGUGUAUUCUUGACAGUGAAGUGGCUGAGAGAAGGUGUUGCGAGGCCCAAGAGAGAGUUCACCAAGGAGGCCAAGAAAUUUGCAAACAUCCGGCAUCCCAAUGUAGUUGGCUUGCGUGGAUACUACUGGGGUCCAACACCACAUGAGAAACUCAUCCUGUCAGACUAUGUUUCGCCCGGAAGUCUGGCUAGCUUUUUGUACGAUCGGCCGGGGAGGAGAGGCCCUCCACUGACCUGGGCGCAGCGGCUCAAGAUCGCGGUUGAUGUGGCACGUGGCCUGAAUUACCUCCAUUUCGACCGUGCAAUGCCUCAUGGGAACCUCAAGGCCACCAACAUCUUGCUGGACGGCCUUGACCUCAAUGCCCGCAUCGCCGACUACUGCCUGCACCGCCUGAUGACCCAGGCCGGCGUCGUCGAGCAGAUUGUCGACCUGGGGGCGCUGGGCUACCGUGCCCCGGAGCUGGCGGCAUCCAAGAAGCCAUCCCCCUCGUUCAAGUCUGACGUCUACGCCUUUGGUGUUGCGCUGCUGGAGCUCCUGACUGGCCGAUGCGCGGGUGACGUCAUCACGGGGUCUGAAGGCGGCGUCGACCUGACCGACUGGGUGCGGCUGCGGGUGGCGGAAGGCCAAGAAUCGGAGUGCUUUGACCCGGCCAUGGCUUCGGACUCGGAGAACCAGCAGGGGGUGAAGGGCAUGAAGGAGGUGCUGGGCAUUGCGUUGAGAUGCAUCCGACCGGUCUCCGAAAGGCCUGGGAUCAAAUCUGUGUACGAGGAUCUUUCAUCAAUCUAGCUAGCCACCAUCAUUCUGUAGCUUUAGAGUUGGAUGCUCAUGUGCUGUUAGCUUGUGCCUCAAACACUGGUGUUUCUGUAGGUGUGUGGCAUCAACUUGAUGCCUGCAAGUUCAGAUGGCAAUGUCUCAUUGGUUCCCAAGUGCCGCCGUGCUGUACUUACAUUGUUUAUUAUGGAAUCUGCUUUUGCAAGUAGAUUAGCCAACUUUAGAGGAGUGCCCUCACCUGUCUUUUGAAAUACGAAGUUCUUCUGUAGUUUA